AUGAGUGACGUGAUUCCUUUGUGUUUGGGAAACUUGAGUGGUAGUUUGUCAAUGUUGGGUUUGCGAAACAAUAAAUUUCAUGGCACCAUCCCAAAAACAUUUGCAAAGGGAAACAAAUUAAGAAGUCUUAACCUCAAUGGCAAUCAAUUGGAAGGGAUAUUACUACGAUCAUUGGAAAAUUGCAGACACUUAGAAGUGCUUGAUCUUGGUAACAAGAUUAAUGACACAUUUCCUCAUUGGUUGGGAACCCUUCCUAACUUACGUGUUCUUGUCUUGCGAGCAAAUAGCUUUCAUGGUACUAUAGGCUAUUCGAUGACCAAAUUUUCUUUCACUAAUUUACGGAUCAUAGACCUUUCUCACAACAAGUUUCGUGGGUUUUUGCCAACAAAAUAUUUCGAUUAUUUAAAAGCCAUGAUGAAUUCAAGUGUAGAAAAAGGUAAAUUGAUGUAUAUAGGUGAUAGUUAUUAUCAUGAUUCCAUGAUGGUGGUCAUGAAGGGGCUUUCUAUGGAAUUAGUGAAAAUCCAAAAUCUCUUUACCACAAUUGAUUUCUCAAACAAUGGUUUCACAAGAGAGAUUCCAAAGUCUAUUGGAAAGCUUAAAUCACUCAAGGGACUUAUCAUUUCACAUAAUAAACUUACAGGUAAUUCGUCUUUGUCAUUGGAAAAAUUGAGCAAUCUUGAAUGGUUAGAUCUUUCUUCUAACAAGCAUACAGGAGAAAUUCCUGGACAAUUGGUAGAUCUUACAUCACUUGAAGUUUUAAACUUAUCAGGAAAUUGUCUAGUUGGACCAAUACCUCGAGGUAACUAG